CUCCUUGAGCCUCGCGACUAGCUACACGAGGUCCAAGAGCGCCGCUCGACCGCCCACCAUGCCGCCCCGACGCCGCCCGAGCGCGCCCAACACGCCGCUCCUCGGGUCCGACGCCGACGACUUGCUCGCCUUCACCUCGUCGGCGACCGACCUGGGCAGCUCGGUAGCGUCGUCGUACCGCCACGGCUUCAGCACCCCGGCCACCGCCAGCCCGAUACCCGCCAGCCGAACCACGCUGCUCGGCACGGCGUCGUCCACCAGCCGGCGGGAAGGCGGUGCAGGGCGAGGGCGCAGCGGCUUCAUCUACCGCUCAAAGUCGGCGUCCGGCCAGGGCCUCAUCAAGGUCCGAGAUCGGCUCCAGCUGCUGUACAACGGGCGGCGCGAGGCGAGGACGAGGUUCGCGUGGCUCGCGACGGCCGUCGUCUUGCUCACCUGGUUCCUCCUCAAGCGCAUCCGACACUUUGGCCGCGAGGCGGCCAUCCCGUGCGACGCGCUCCACCAGCCCGGGCGGCUCCUCGUCAACCUCACGUCGCCGCUGCACACGCACUGGCGACCUCUGGCCGACCAACGGUGUCCGCCCUUGCCCAAGUACCUGCCGGCGCUGUGGCAGGUGACGCACGGGCCCGACCGCGACCUUCCUCACUACCGCGCGUCGACCUUCUCGAACGAGUACCAGCGCAUCGCCGCCGAGCGCCUGCCCCUCACGACUCGCGUCGCCGACGCUGCUCUCGUUCGCGCCAACCCGGACCCGAUACCCUUCCUGCGCCGGCGCCGCGCCCACCCGCCGACCGUCCUCGUCAUCGGCGACUCGGUCGACCGCAACGGCCUCGUCCAGUUCUGCCAGCUGUUCCGCCGCAACGUCACCAUCUCGCACUACCACGACAUCUCGCGGCAACCUCCCGGCCCGUACCCGCUCGACCUCACCAAGGAGCACGGCCCCAAGUUUGACGGGUGGGACCAGCGCGGGCUCAUGCACCGGUGCGAGUUGCCGUUCGCCGACGGGUCCGGCGUCGCCCUGCGCGUCAUCAACGGCUUCCACUACGGCAUGGACGCGCUCGACGAGUUCAACACGCCCGACCACAACGACUGGCACGCGCCGGGCAAGGUCGAGACGCGCAUCGACGACCUGUUCCUCCCCGCCAUCGAGCAGCUCGGCGGUGUCGACAAGAUCGACGUCGUCCAGAUUCACAGCGGCAUGUGGGACUUGGCCCUGUUCGGCAUGCAGGACGACAAGACGCGGUGGCUCCUCACGACGCCCCUCACGCCCGAGCAGCUCGCGUGGUGGCAGGAGCGCAUGCGCCACGCCAUCGACCACGUCCGCCAGCGGUUCCCCAAGGCCCGCAUCGUCCUCCGCAAGCUCCACCGCACCGACGACGCCGUCGCCGGGACGCAGUACAUCACGAACUGCGCGUUCACCAACUGCGGCACCUGCAGGAGGAGGUCGCUCGGUCCGAGGGCCUGCCCAUCUUCGACUUUGGCCACGUCCUCGAGGGCUACCAGCUCUUCCAGGAAAAGGUGCACCCGCUCCUCGUGCCCGGCGGCGUCGUGUACGCGCACAACAUUGUGCACCAGCUGCGACUCGCGCUCGAGAGUCGCAAGAGCUGGCGGCGGGGCUGGCUGUGGGAUUCCUGAGGAGCGCCUCGGGCGAGAUGGGGGGCGGGUCCUUGCAUUGCACGUCUGCGCAUCCUCGUGA